UUAUUGCAGGGAAUUCUGUAGUUACUGUAUAACGUAGGCUCAUUAUAUCAGCUGGUAGAAAUAAGGUGCCAUUUGAAUCUUUUAAGGCAGGUGUCUACUGGUACUCGGGUGGGAAUCGGAUACGUCGUUAAAAUUUGUAUCGUUUCAUAUUGUGUGCCAGCGACCCAACCAGCCAUCAAUUUGUCGAAAUGUGGCAAACGCGGGAUGAUUUGAAUCAAGUAUUGCAAUCUAUACAAGAUGAUCUGAAACAGCAAGUCGCAGAGCUGCGUUCUCGCAGCGCUGGCUUUUCGCCCAAGUUGGCCAUCGUGCAAGUGGGCGGCCGAGAGGAUUCCAACGUAUAUAUUAGAAUGAAGCUGAAAGCCGCUGAAAAUAUCGGGAUAAGUGCUGAGCAUGUGCGUUUUUCAAGAGACAUCACAGAAUUUGAGUUGCUGUCUGAAAUAACGAAGCUGAAUGACUCGCCAGCAGUGCAUGGGAUCAUUGUACAGAUGCCUCUGGACUCUGAACAUUCGAUCGAUUCCCACAAAAUCACGGAUGCUGUGUCUGCUGACAAGGACGUUGAUGGCUUGAACACAAUAAACGAGGGUCGUGCGGCAGUAGGAGAUCUGUCUGGGUUCAUUCCGUGCACACCAGCAGGUUGCGUGGAGUUGAUAAAGACAACCGGGGUGCCCAUUGUCGGCAAGAACGCCGUCGUGCUUGGCCGCAGUCGCAUCGUGGGCACACCUGUGGCGGAACUUCUUAAAUGGGAAAAUGCCACUGUUACAGUAUGCCAUUCCAAAACUAAGAAUCUAAGCGAUAUCACGAAAACAGCGGAUAUCUUGGUGGUUGCGAUUGGCCGUCCGGAAUUGGUGCGAGGGUCGUGGAUUAAGCCCGGAGCUGUUGUCAUUGAUUGUGGGAUCAAUCCUAUUUCAGAUUCAUCAAAGAAAAGCGGUCAGAAGCUGGUUGGUGACGUAGCAUAUGCUGAGGCUCUGGAAGUGGCAUCACAUGUGACUCCGGUGCCCGGCGGUGUGGGGCCUAUGACAGUGGCGAUGCUAAUGAAGAACACAGUGUUAGCCGCGAGGAGACAACUCGAUCGUAUAUUAACUCCGACCUGGCCUCUACGUCCCCUCAGACUGGUGCCAGCGUCGCCACCUCCCAGCGAUAUCGUGAUAGCGCGAUCCCAGAGUCCGAAGGAUAUUGGCGAGUUAGCUCAUGAGAUCGGCCUAUUUCCGAAGGAGGUCUCACAAUAUGGACGUACAAAAGCAAAAAUCUCACUCUCAGUGUUGGACCGGUUGAAAGACCAAAGCAAUGGGAAAUACAUCGUGGUUGCCGGGAUAACACCCACACCUCUUGGGGAAGGCAAAAGUACUACGUUAUUAGGCCUAGUCCAAGCUCUUUGUGCGCACCGUGGACGCAAUGCAUUUGCUUGCAUGCGACAACCUAGCCAGGGUCCGACCUUCGGUGUGAAGGGAGGCGCCGCCGGUGGUGGUUAUUCACAGGUUAUUCCAAUGGAAGAGUUCAAUCUGCACUUAACUGGAGAUAUCCAUGCGGUUACAGCUGCUAACAACCUACUCGCCGCCCAGAUGGAUGCACGUAUAUUCCAUGAGCUAACUCAGAAGGAUGGUCCUCUAUAUGACCGUUUGGUACCAAAGCUUAAAGAAACAAGAAAGUUUUCUCCUAUACAGUUGAGAAGGCUCAAGAAGUUAGGAAUUGAUAAAACCGACCCCGAUUCUCUUACGACUGAAGAAAGAAGCAGAUUUGCCCGUCUAGAUAUUGACCCAAAACGAAUUAUGUGGAAUAGAGUGGUGGAUUUAAAUGACAGGUACCUUCGUAAGAUUACCAUAGGUCAAUCGCCAACUGAAAAGGGUUUCACUCGUGAGACUGCUUUCGACAUAUCUGUCGCUUCGGAGAUUAUGGCCAUUUUGGCACUUGGCAAUGACGUGGAUGAUAUUAAACUAAGACUUGCAAAUAUGGUUGUGGCGUAUGAUAAGAAAGGAAAUCCUGUAACUGCCGACGAUUUAGGAGUUACGGGUGCUUUACUGGUUCUGCUUAAAGAUGCAUUUGAACCUACCUUGAUGCAGUCUCUUGAGGGUACUCCGGUGUUAGUCCAUACGGGUCCUUUUGCUAACAUCGCUCAUGGGUGCUCAUCCAUCAUAGCUGAUAAGAUCGCUAUGAAGUUGGCGAGAGAAAAUGGAUACGUAGCCACUGAGGCCGGUUUUGGAUCUGAUAUAGGGAUGGAGAAGUUCUUCGAUAUCAAAUGUCGGGCUAGCGGUGAUAAGCCACACUGCGCUGUCAUAGUGUCGACAGUUCGUGCAUUGAAGAUGCACGGUGGUGGACCUGCCGUCACCGCCGGUGCACCGCUAAAUGAGGUCUACGUGCAGGAAAAUCUAGAAUUGCUAAGUAAAGGCUUAUGCAAUUUAGGAAAGCACAUUAGCAACGGAAAUAAGUUUGGAGUUCCGGUUGUUAUUGCUAUAAACAGGCACGGAAAUGAUACAGACGCCGAGCUUAAUCUAAUAAAGCAGUUUGCUCUUCAAAAUGGAGCAUUCAGAGCAGUCUUGUGUGAUCAUUGGGCGAGGGGUGGCGCCGGGGCAUUGGAUCUGGCGGAUGCAGUAAUUGAAGCUUGCGAUGUUAAUUCAAACUUCAAAUACUUAUACCCAUUAAAUCUAUCUAUACGCGAUAAAAUUAAGAACAUCGCAACAGAAAUGUAUGGCGCUGGGAAUAUAGAAUUUACAGAUGAUGUGCAAAAGAAGAUCGACAUAUUUACUGAACUGGGUUACGAUAAACUGCCAAUCUGCAUGGCCAAAACAUCCAACUCAUUGACGGGAGACCCGGCAAUAAAGGGUGCUCCUAUGGGCUUCACUUUGAAGAUUAACGAUAUCUUCGUAUCCGUGGGUGCUGGGUUCGUGGUUCCCAUGGUUGGGGAGAUUUCCAAAAUGCCCGGCCUCCCCACCCGGCCCAGCAUCUAUGAUAUAGAUCUAAACACUCAGACUGGCGAGAUUGAUGGACUCUUCUAACUCCUCUAAUUAUUAUUUUUUGUAAUAUUGUAUAAAUUA